CAGCUGUGAUACUGACAGAAACCUGGGACACCAGAGAGAGAGAGAGAGAGAGAGAGAGAAAGGCGGACAGUUCACAGUUUACACUUGGAGAGUAAUAGAUUAGAAUGAUGCAACAAUGUAUUGGAAUCUGGCAAUGAUGGAUUGGAACAAUACAAUACUGGACUUGAAUCUAAGAACAAAUGAUUGGAAUGUUACAACAACAGAUUGGAAUGAAUUGACAAUGUUUCAACACGUCAGAACAGUUGACGGGAAUGGUAAAACAGUGGGAAGGGGAUUCAUUGAGAUGUUGCAUUUGCUUUCUGCUACUUCUGUUCGGACGCAACUGAGAUACCGUAUUCAUAUUGUUCUUUGUAUUAUCCAAUUUAUUUAUUAUCCGAUUCUCGCUAUCAUUGCAGUGCCUGGAAAAGUGUGGCCUCUCCCGAUGUGUCUCUCACUACCUGGUAGCCAUGGCAAUAGCAGAUCUCCUGGUCACUAUCUUUGACCUCAUAUUGCGACAUAUUCCAUUUGUCUAUGUGGAAGGGCAAAAUCUCUUAGAAGGUCUCCCUGUGUGUAAUAUCCAUGCUGUUUUGAUUUAUGCAGCCACUGACUGUUCUGUCUGGUUCACCAUCACUUUCACCUUUGAUCGAUUUGUAGCCAUUUGUUGCCCAAAUCUGAGAAGUAAAUAUUGCAAUGUGAAAACAACAGCUGUGGUGCUGGCAACAGUGACUGGAUUGAGCUGUUUGAAGAACAUUUUCUGGUAUUUUAUGCUUCGUAAUAAGUAUCGUGUCAGCAACAGAGCCUGGUUUUGUUGGGUGAAAAGGGAUGUGAAAUCUUCUCCAGUCUGGGCAGCAAUUGAGUUCUGUCAUUACAUACUAACACCAGGAGUUGCCUUUAUUCUCAUUCUGCUUCUCAAUUUUUUAAUGGUCAGACACAUUGCAGUGACCAGCAGAUCCCGCAGGAGGCUCCAUCAGCAGAGCAACAGAACGAGCAGCAAAGACCCAGAGAUGAAGAGUCGAAUGAAUUCCAUCAUUUUAUUGUUUCUUAUCUCAGGGAAUUUCAUUCUAUUAUGGUCAGUAUCUAUGGUGUAUUCCAUAUAUCGGAGAAUGUUUUUUUUGGGAUAUAAGUCUUUCGAUCUGCCCAUUUUUGCAAUGGACCUGGGCUACAUGCUGCAGAUGCUGAGUUGCUGCACAAACACUGUGAUUUAUGUCAUCGCACAUCCUAAGUUCAGAGAGCAUCUGAAGAAUAUCGUGUACUAUCCCUUUACUCCAAUUGUGAAAUGUAUUAAACGUUGAAGCUGACUGAAGAAUUACAUCAUCAGCAGUCAAUUUUGCAUGCGUUUCUGUCUAAUCCACAGUCCUGGUGUCUUAUUAAUAGACAUCAUUGAAAGAAGAUGAUAUCGCCAGGACCUUUGAUCUUGAUUUUUCCUGCCUAUUUUGACAGCCUGUGCACCUGUGCCAGUACACGGUUUAUCAGCAUCUCAAUCUAAGUGAGGGUGUGCGGCUGUGCAUGUGUAGAAGCAUCAGAUGGAUAAAUAGAGGAGCAGGUUCUGUAAAUG